AUGUCUUCACAGCAGACCGAGUUCUUUAAGGACAACCUCCCCGCUCAGCGUGAGGUCACCACCCCCGACUCUGUCCCCAGCUCUCCUGAGCUCGGAAGCUCCAGCUCAAGUGACAGCAUCGCCAGUCUCGGGUCUCCCGCCUCUCCCUUCUCCCCUCCCAUCUCGCAGCCCGUCGCCGACUCGUUCGUCUUCGCUUUCGACAUCGAUGGUGUCUUGGUCCGUGGUGGACGAGCCAUUCCUGAGGCCAUCCAGGCCAUGAAGGUUCUCAACGGCGAGAAUGAAUAUGGCAUUCAAGUACCUCACAUCUUUCUCACCAAUGGUGGUGGUAAGACUGAAGAGGAGCGAUGUGGCGACCUUUCAGGUCAACUCAAGUGCGACAUCAAGCCUGGCCAGUUCAUCUGCGGCCACACUCCCAUGAGGGAGAUGGCUGAGAAGUAUGGCACUGUCCUUGUCGUUGGUGGUGAGGGCGAGAAGUGCCGACACGUUGCUGAGGGCUAUGGCUUCAAGGACGUUGUCACACCUGGUGAUAUCAUCAAGCACAACGCCGCUACCACUCCCUUCCGCAAGCUUACCGCCGAAGAGCAUGCCAACUCCCGUGAGCGAGACUUCUCCGACGUUGUCAUCGACGCUGUCUUUGUCUUCGCCGACUCUCGCGAUUGGGCUGGAGACAUUCAGAUCAUGCUCGACGUUGCCAUGUCCAAGGGUGGCCGAUUGGGUACCCGUAGCGAGACCAACGACGAGGGUCCCCCCUUCUACUUUUCUCACAACGAUGUUGUCUGGUCUGCUGCGCACGAGCAUGUCCGUCUAGGUAUGGGUGCUCUUCGCCGCAUGUUCGAAGUUACCUUCAAGGAUCUCACUGGCGGUAAUGGCGUUCUACACACCCACGCCUUUGGAAAGCCUCAGGUUUCCACCUUUGAGUUCGCCUCCCGUCUGAUGGGCCAGUGGCGUCAGACUGAGCAUGGCCUUGUUGCUCCUCCUGAGACUGUUUACUUUGUCGGUGACACUCCUGAGAGUGACAUCCGAGGCACCAACGCCGUGAACAUGGUUGCCGACAAUGACUGGUACAGCAUUCUCGUCAAGACUGGUGUAUAUCAGGAGGGCACUGAACCUGCCUAUAAGCCUAGAGUCACCGUUGAGAAUGUUCUCGAUGCCGUUAACCACGGCAUCAAGCGUGAAAUGGACAAGAAAGCGGCAAAGGGCCACAUGUCCAAGCCUGCCCUUAUCCCUGAGUCCGGCAUCACAGAGAUUGCUGUCGACAUGGAUGGUAUUGUCAUCUAA